AUGGAGACACUCAAUAGAACAGUGACUGAAUUCAUCCUGUUGGGUUUCUCCAUGGGACAUCAAGAAGAAAUCCUUCUUGCUGUGCUCUUUCUAGCAAUGUACAUCACAUCCCUGGCUGGCAACAUUCUAAUCUUUUGUAUUGUGUUGGGAAAUACUCAGCUCCACACUCCCAUGUAUUUUUUCCUAAGCAACUUCUCCAUAUUAGACAUCAUGUUCACCUCCGUUAUCAGUCCACAGCUGUUGUGGAACCUCUUUUCGGGUGACAAGUCUAUCUCCUUCUCAGCCUGUAUGGCCCAACUGUACUUCUACUUCUUAUUGGGCACCGUGGAGUUUUUCUUCUUGACGUCUAUGUCAUACGAUCGCUAUGCUGCAAUAUGUAAACCUCUGCAUUAUCACACCAUCAUGAGUAGUGAGGUGUGUGCCAAGAUAGGUCUGGCUUGUUGGUUGUGUGGGUUCCUCUCUGUCCUCUGUCCCAUCAUCCAGAUUAGCAGGUUGUCAUUCUGUAAAUCCAACAGCAUCAACCAUUUCUUCUGUGACAGCGGACCGCUCCUGGAACUGUCAUGCUCCAAUAUUCGUUUCAUUGAACUUAUGGAUUUCAUGCUUUCCUCAGUUGUGAUUGUUGGUUCAGCCAUCCUGACAUUAAUUUCUUAUUCAUGUAUCAUCUCAACAAUUCUGCUCAUUCCCACCACUAGCAGUCGGAAGAAAGCCUUCGACACCUGUGCCACACACCUCACCUUGAUAUCUAUCUCCUGUGGGAUCUCCAUCUUCACUUACGUAACUCCUUCUCAGAAAGAGACGUUGAAUGCCCACAAAGUGCCCGCCAUUCUGACCACCACAGUCUGCCCCUUUUUGAACCCAUUCCUCUUCACUCUGAAGAACGAGUCUGUCAGGGAUGCCCUGAGGAAGACAGUUCGAAAAACCCGAGAUAUAAUUAUCGAAUGCUUUCUGACUACCAGGAAAGGGAACACAGUAGUUUUAGGGGAAAGUCAUUAA